AUGUCAACAGCCCCUGCAGAGUUUGCUGCACUCGAGGGCUUUCCCCUCUGCUAUGAGCUGUGGCUGGAGCUUUGGGUGGCCAUAAAGAAAAUAAAUCUUCAAGAACUGAGGAGGAAGCAACUAACUUUUCAUGAAAUCAUGAUCAUGAAGAGGCAUAGGAGUCCCAGUGUUGUGAAUUAUUUAGACAGCUACCUUCUGAGUGAGGAGGAACUCUGGCUGGUUAUGGAGUACAUGGACGGAGGUGCCCUGAGCGAGGUCAUCAGCAAGACCAGCCUGUCUGAGGAUGACAUGGCAGCCAUCAGUCGGGAGUGCCUGCAAGGACUGGAUUUUCUUCACUCAAACCAUGUGAUCUACCGAGAUGUGAAGAGCAGCAACAUCCUUCUCAGAACCGACGGCUGUGUCAAGCUGGGUCAGUAUAUUCUUGGUCAGGUGCAGCAUUCCAGGGAUGUGGGGCUACGGGGCUGCUUUGAGUGGCUGCCAGCUCCCCAAAAAUGGUGCCGGUGGCAGUUCAGAGGCACCCGCUAUGAGCUGAUGACGCGGCUGUAA